GGUUGUUUUGCACAAUUUCUCUCUCUACAGCUACACUAUUCAGCCAUGGCAAUUCAAGCUAAAACCUCUCCUUUUCUUCACUCCCACCAUUUCCAAUUCCCUCUUACUGUUCCUCUUUCAUCCCUUCUUCGCGCGCCUCUCAAAUCAGCGGCUCCAAACUCCCCUAGAAAAUCACUCAGGCUCACUUGCAGUUCCAACGGUGACGAUCAGGAUUAUUUGAUAGAUGCUCCGGUUUCUGCUGGAGAUGGCUUCUCUUUCAGUGGAGGAAAAUAUUCAGAUGAGCCUAGCCCGGCUGAUGAAUGGUUUAAGCAAGGAAAGAUGGUGAAAGCUCAUCCUGUUGUUGGUUCUGGUGGGAAGGCAAAAGAUCCCAUAUUUGGACUUAAAAUGGGCGCUAGUUCUCAGGCCUCAGAUGAUGUUUUCAGAUGGUUCUGUGUUGAGAGCGGAAAUGCCAAUAACCCCACAGUUAUACUAAUUCAUGGUUUCCCUUCACAGGCAUACUCUUACCGCAAAGUUCUUCCCACACUAUCCAAAAACUAUCAUGCAAUUGCUUUUGAUUGGCUAGGCUUUGGUUUUUCAGAUAAGCCUCAACCUGGAUAUGGAUUUGACUAUACUCUAGAUGAAUAUGUAUCAUCCUUAGGGUCCUUUGUUAAUGAAGUUGCCAAGGAUAAGGUCUCACUUGUUGUGCAGGGCUACUUCUCACCAGUUGUAGUUAAAUAUGCUAGCAGUUUUCAGGACAAGCUUAAUGAUAUGAUACUCCUCAAUCCUCCUCUAACAGCCAAACAUGCCAACCUUCCAUCGACCUUGUCUCUAUUCAGCAACUUUUUGCUGGGUGAAAUUUUUUCCCAGGAUCCUCUAAGGGCCAGUGAUAAAGCCUUGACGAGCUGUGGUCCCUAUCAAAUGAAGGAAGAUGAUGCAAUGGUAUACAGAAGACCAUAUCUUACAUCUGGUUCUGCAGGGUUUGCACUGAAUGCAAUUAGUAGGGCCAUGAAGAAGGGCCUAAAGACAUAUGUAGAAGAAAUGAGAAUGACACUUCUGGACAAAAGUUGGAAAAUUCAAACCACGGUGUGCUGGGGUCAGAGGGAUCGUUGGUUCGGCUUCGAUGGAGUUGAAGAAUUCUGUGAGGAUUCAAAAUGCAACCUGAUUGAACUUCCCAUGGCAGGGCAUCAUGUACAGGAGGAUAGCGGUGAAGAACUUGGAGGAAUCAUUUCUGGAGUUAUUAGAAGGAACCAAAUUUGAUGAUGCCAUACAAUUAUAUAUGGUUGCUAAUGUUCGAAAAUCCAAUGUGAGGUCUUUGAUAAAACCCAUUCUUGUAAUCGUAACCAUCUUGCUGUACAUUGUUGUGUAUGAGAAAUGCAUCA